AAAAACAGAAACUCUAUCUUCUUUCCAAAUGUCGCAACCAUUAAUAGUUUCCAUUGAUACUUUACUAGUGCUGUUAGCAUUACUGUUAGUUUCAUCCUAUAGUAUUGUUCUUUGUGGUUCUUCUUUUUCUUCCACUGGUACAAAACAACAUUUACAAGUAGGUGUAGAACAAGAAGUAGUUGCUCUUCUAAAAUGGAAAUCAAGCCUUAUUAACCAAAAUCAUUCUCUGCUCUCUUCUUGGAAAAUGGAUUCGACUGCGAGUAAAAAGAGUCCAUGCAAGUGGUAUGGAAUCCAUUGUGACAAUAAGGGAAGCGUCCAGGAAUUAAAUAUAUCAGGUUUGGGUUUGCGAGGUACACUCCAUAAUUUCAAUUUCUCAUCUUUCUCUAAUUUGAUAAGUCUUGAUUUGAGCUACAACGAACUCUUUGGGGGGAUUCCGCCCCAGAUUGGAAAUCUUCAUAAGCUCACCCAUCUUGUUCUUUCUGUUAAUCAACUUUCUGGGCACAUCCCAUCGGAAAUAGGUUCUCUCACAGGUCUGCAAUAUUUAUACCUUUUUGGAAAUCAUAUCAGUGGAUCUAUCAUACAAGAAAUUGGAAAUUUAUAUUUUCUUACUCAUUUAUGGUUGUUCACAAACCAACUUUCUGGCAUCAUUCCUCAAGAUAUAGGAAGGCUAAAUUCUUUAACCAACUUAGAUUUGUCGGACAACAAGCUCAGUGGUUCAAUCCCUGCUUCUAUAACCAAUUUGACUAGCCUGAGCACUCUUUACCUGUAUAAAAACCAACUUUCUGGCGUCAUUCCUCAAGAUAUAGGAAGGAUAAGUUCUUUAACCGACUUAGAGUUGUCGGAAAACAAGCUCACUGGUUCAAUCCCUGCCUCUAUAACCAAUUUAACUAGCCUGAACAUUCUUAACCUGUAUCAAAACCAACUUUUUGGCGUCAUUCCUCAAGAUAUAGGAAGGCUAAGUUCUUUAAUCGACUUAGAGUUGUCGAAAAACAAGCUCACUGGUUCAAUCCCUGCUUCUAUAACCAAUUUGACUAGCCUGAGCACUCUGUGCCUAUUUCUAAACCAACUUUCAGGAAUCAUUCCUCAAGAUUUAGGAAGCCUAAGUUCUUUAACCGGCUUAGAUUUGUCGGACAACAAGCUCACUGGUUCAAUCCCUGCUUCUAUAACCAAUUUAACUAGCCUGAGCACUCUGCACCUAUUUCUAAACCCACUUUCUGGCGUCAUUCCUCAAGAUAUAGGAAGACUAAGUUCUUUAACCGACUUAGAGUUGUCGGAAAACAAGCUCACUGGUUCAAUCCCUGCCUCUAUAACCAAUUUAACUAGCCUGAACAUUCUUUACCUGUAUCAAAACCAACUUUCUGGCGUCAUUCCUCAAGAUAUAGGAAGACUAAGUUCUUUAACCGACUUAGAGUUGUCGAAAAACAAGCUCACUGGUUCGAUCCCUACUUCAUUGGGUAAUUUGAGAAAUUUGACUUUUUUAUAUCUUUUUGGAAAUCAAUUAAGUGGCCCGUUACCGACGGGAAUGAACAAUCUAACGCAGUUGGAAGAAUUGUAUUUGUCCGAGAACAGAUUUUCUGGCAAUUUACCUCAAAAUUUAUGUCAAAGCGGAAUCCUUACAAAACUUGUAGCAGGUAAUAAUCUUUUCACAGGUCCUAUACCAAGAAGCCUUAGAAGUUGCACCAGCCUUAAAAAUCUCGUUCUUGGAAACAAUAAAUUAGUAGAUAACCUAACCGAGGCGUUUGAAGUGUAUCCUCAUCUAUAUUGGCUUGUUGCGAAAAACAAUAUGUUGUAUGGUGAACUCUCAAAAGAUUGGGGAAAAUGUCAAAAUUUGACAGUCCUAUCUUUCUCAGGGAACAAUAUCACAGGUAGAAUACCAUCUGAAUUGGGAAAGUUGAAGAUUUUAGGCGAACUUUAUCUUGGUUCAAAUAACUUAGUAGGGGAAAUUCCGAAGGAGUUGUUGAAAUUGUCUUCACUGAUCAAGUUGAAUUUGAGCAAUAACCAGCUUUCUGGCAGGUUGUCUUCCGCAAUUGCAUCGUUGUCCAACCUGCAGUAUAUAGACUUAUCAAACAAUAAACUCAUCGGAUCAAUACCCAAACAACUAGGAGAAUCUUCAGCUUUACUAUCUUUGAAUUUGAGCAGAAACAAUUUUAAUGAAAGUAUCCCACCCGAGAUCGGAAACCUGGAUUCGCUGCAAAUUUUGUUAGAUCUUAGUUACAAUGAGUUGAGUAGAGAAAUACCAUCAGCUCUUGGAAAACUAAGCAAACUAGAAACACUAAAUGUAUCCCACAACAAGCUUUUCGGCUCAAUUCCAUCUUCAUUUGAUCAAAUGCUUAGCUUGACCACUGUCGACAUUUCGUACAACGAAUUCAGUGGUCCUCUUCCGAAUAUCAAGGCCUUCAAUGAUGCUCCAAUCGAUGCUUUGAGGAACAAUGAAGGGUUAUGUGGUAAUAGCUCAAGAGGAUUAAACCCAUGUAAUCCUAUAGUUGAAAUCGAAGAAGAUGAUUAUCAAGAGGAUGCAAAAGACAAAAUCUUGUUUUACGGUGUUACUGCUUUGGGAUUUGGAGUUGGGUUUUGGGGUUUGUUCCUGGUUCUGCUACUCAAAAAAGAGAAAUGGUGGUUUGGGUACUGGAGAAUUAUCGAUUCCAUUGUGAUGAAAAUAGUUGGUUAAUUUAGAUUCACUCUUGUUUUUCUUUCUUUUGUAAUGUCAUCUGGUAUUAGUGAUUUUUGUAUUGGGUUGGAGUAAUACAUUGGUGGAUGUACUUUUAAAAAAAUUCAUUGAGUUUCAAGUUUUUGUUCUUGGAGGAAAUCUUCAA